ACGUUGUUUUCCACAGGCUGUCAAGAACGCAUUUGUUGACGAUUUAUACCAGCUCUCUCUUCUUAAUUGCAAGGUUCAGGUUCCGUCAUUUUCACUACCCAUCCAUCUUGUUCGGUACACUCGAAAAAUUCAUGAGGUUUGCACUUGAGUUUGUUUGUGGAGCAUCCCUCGUACUUGAAGUCGUAAGAGCAAACAAGACCCACUUCGUAAUCGUAUUUGUCUGAGGUACAGCUAGUUCCAGCUCUCGGUUGCUUGGCGGGGCACAGAUCGGCUGGUUCAACGGUAGGGCACAACUUACAGGUCUCUCCGACCGGCAAAUCCUCUGAUAUGCCCUCGAAGUCCUGAAUGAUAACCUCGCAGUCCAAGGGCUUGGUCUCUGCUACUUCCCACGUAUUGAAAUCAGAGUUGCAGGAGAAGUAACUAGUGGGCGAACACCGAAGGUCGUCAAAGCUACAUCCAUCGAAUUUGAAGUUGUACAUGCAGUCCUGUUUGCCCCCAUUGUAGCUCGAGCAAUCCGUCCCAGGAAUGGGAGCAGAAAGAGGACAACCGCUCGGAUCGCACGAUUUAUCAGCGCCCUCAUAAUAACAUGCCGGACGCAUCGUGUAUUGAAGCUGCCAUCGGUCCGACUUGCCAUCGGGCUCUUCCAUACAGGUGUAGUAUUUUGUGGGAGCGCAUGUCAGACUGUCGGCAUCGCAUCCUAUAGUUUUAUAGUCGUAGUGACACUCGUCCUUGCCCUCGUAGCUUGAGCAAUCUGUACCAUGCAUGGGCUCUUUCAAGGGACAUUCUUCGGGGUCGCAGGCUACCUGGCCCUGUGGCGACCCGUCGGGGCAUUUCGCAAUCGAGAAAAUAGACAUUUGCCAUUUGUUGUCAUCAGUACAUUUCAAUGAGGUUGUGGGGAAGCACCCGUGACUAUCGUCGAAGCCGUCACACCCAAAGGUUUUGUAGUUAUACAUGCAACUAAACUCGCCUUCGUAGCUACUGCAAUCCGAACCGUUCUUGGGUUGCGAUACGGGGCAUUCCUUUGGAUCACAGUAUUCUCCAAACACCGAGAGAUAGGGCAUCUCACCAAAAUCAGACCCACAUAACGCUGGAUUGACUGCAACACUGGUUUGCCAGACGUUGUUGCUACAAACACUGGCUUUCGAAGGAGUACACUGCAUUGUAUCAUCGCUGCAUCCAUUGUAGCGGUAGUCAGUGUAGCAUGUGAGGCCAUCCAGGUACUCGGAGCAGUCCAUAGUUGGUUCUUCGAAAUAGCUCUCUGCACUCGGUAUUCUGUCGAAAGCUGGGACAGCCGAAUCUACUUUGGCACCCAAGAAUUUAGGGCAUUUCGUAAUUGGACUCGAUGGUGGUGGGAUUGGGUCUGUUGGUACGUUGCGACUGACGUCUUCACAGACCACCCCGCAUGUUUCGGGGCAGGCCUCUCGGACCCUUCUCUUCACACAGAGCCUCUCUUUGUUCUGUGGCUUCCUUGAAAUCCAGUCGCAGCUUUUUCUCUCUUUGUCGUUCCAGCGCCAACUGGGGUCGUUUUUGCAGGGGUCUCGUGGCGGAGUUUGUUCCAACGGUGGCAUAGGGUCCGUUGGUCCGUUGCGAUUGAUCAAGUCGUUGCAGUCCACCCCACAAGUUUCGGGGCAGUUUGUUUUGACCCUUUUCUUCUCGCACAGCCUUGCUCUUUUGUCUGGAUUUUUCCCGAUCCACUCGCAGGUUUUUCUCUCUUUAUCGUUGUAGCGCCAAUUUGGCUUGUCUUUGCAGAUGGUAUCUAGAGGCGCAUCAUUGCCUAUUUCUGUAUCCUCGAGUUCGGGUUCCAUUGCAUGGAUCGGGGCGGCACCAGAGCCGAGAAACACCACGGCCAAUACAGUGAAUUUAGAGGCCGUGGAACGAAGGAAGGAAACCAUUUUUUUUCAACAAUGAAGGAGGUCGAUGGAUUGGAUUGGAUCGGUUUUGGUGUAUGUUAGAUUGAGUUGUCUCUAGAAGUUGUUGUUCCUACAGUAUUUUGAGAUGAGUAUUUUUCUAUCCGAUCGAAAAGAGAAUUGUGCUUUUGGAGUGGUAAACGAUAGUUCUACAAUCGAUGAACCUUGUGCCUGUCAUUGAGUACCUACGAUUCCAUUGCUCCGUGUUCGUCGAUAGCAACACGAAUCAUGGAAACAGGAUCGUUCCUACAUGGACCGGAGUUGAAUUUCGGUGAGGGAAUGAUAGAUUGCUGUCGCCAAAAUCGGUGUAUGAGAAAAAUGGGGCGGUAUGUAUGCAUCAGAAAACAAAUAUUGCAAUGUUACCCGUACUCUCGUACUGUACUGCUCAAAAUUGAAGUUGACAUUCUCUUAAGUGUUGGGAAUUGGGAAUCCCAUGAAAAGAAAUCUAGUGUCAUUGAUACUUAUUUUUUACUCGUACAAGAAUUAAUUGCCCGCGCUCCCGUGCAAUCCCGUAAGCAGGUCAGUCAACCGAAGGAUCCAUUCGUGCCCAAUUGCCGAAAAAAGCUCCGGAAUUUGUGUAAUAAUCACUCGUACGAUACGAUUGAAUCAUACGGUACGAUUCAUACGUAUUGGAUCUUACGACUCAUACGAUUCAGACUGUUUGAUACGGGGUACUGUAUGUUUUAGCAUACAUACGUACAUACUGUUGGUCGCGGGCCAUUCAAACCAGUACCAAAUGACCCUAAAGACAACUCUUAAUGACCACUUAACACAGCAUUCACAGUUUUGGCGCCUAUCGCUAAUACACUGUGUAUGCAGGGGAAGCUUCCAGCAGCAGUCCCUUUUACACACCACACUUCCUCUUUAUCUAAGAAUCUUGCACGAGAUUACGUGUACUCUCAGUAUGUUUUAAGUGUGUAUGAAAAUUGAAAAAUAAGAUUAGAUUUAUUCGUAGAGUACCCAGCGCGUUCACAAGAAUUCUGAAGUUCCAAUUAGAUCCUCAUGUAGACCUGGUAGGGAAUCUACAUGGAGGUUCUUCCAUUCCGGACUCGUGACAUCUCAGUUCUUCGUGAGGUAUUCUCGAAUAGUAUCUUAGACCUCUCACGAUCCUCAAUAUGAUGGAUUGUAUGAUCUAUAUGUAUUAAUAGUACAUUAUGAUAUGUAGGUAGGAAUGGUAUGUCCAUCCAUUCCAAGGGAGCACUGUAUGUACGUGUGCUUCCUUUAUAGUACGUACGUAUACUUCCGAUACAGUGUGUACGUAUCUGUUGCAUUAUCCUGGACAGUAAUAUUGCUCCAAUAUAUUGCAAUAUUACUCACUACUAAACCGUAGCAAUCAUAUCUUCAAUAUUUUCAACAGGGGGUUCCUCCUCUGCUGCUGGGUUUUCAGGAGUGGCAUUUGCAUUAGUUCUUUUGUGAGGAACAAGCUUUCUGAUAUUGACAGUCUCACAUACGUUGUCACUUCUUUGCAACACCACCGUCCCAUUAGUGAAGGACCGUGUAAUCUUUGGGACAAUUUGUCUGGUUCAUAGUAUUUCAUGUAAGCUUGUUGUCUGACCUGAUAUUUGAAGGGUAUUCUCCGGGCAUUUUCUCUCCCAAGGUUCUCAUCGAUUUGGUGUUGUCUUUUAUCUCUGAUAAGGUUCAAAUCAGCWAUGAGUGGGAUAUCCAUUACCAUGUCUCUGUUGUAGACUAAAGCGCCUGGUGAAGUCUUUACAGCUGCAUUCACUGCACACCUGGUAGCAUGCAUGGCUGAAGCAAGGGCAUUGUCAAUAAUCUGAUCUUCAUCAAACUCAUCUCCCUCAGGCAGACUUGAAUGAAGAGUAGCUCUCAAUACAUUGGCAAUUGUCUGAUGAACUCUUUCACAAACUGCAUUUGCUUAUGGAUUUUUCACGGUGGUUUGGACACUCUUAAUUCCGUAUUGAUUCAAGAGCUGUUUGAAUGGGCUUCCAAUGAAUUCUUUGCCAUUGUCAUGGACACACCUGUUGGGUCAUGGAUAUCUUGACAGCCAACAGUUUGCGAAUUGCUCUGCAACAUGUUCACUUGAUUUGUUAUUGAUCCUGAUGAUUUCCAAUAAGUUGGUGACUGGAUCAAUGCAAGUGAGGGCAUUGAUCACUAAUUCAGUUUCAUCCGGGAGAAGGAUUUUCCAAGGACCAAUCAAAUCCACACAUACUUCAUUCCAUGGAACAAGCUGCGCCUCACGAGCUGGUAAUAAGCCAUGUCCCUGUCCUUGCUGUUUGAAUCKGUGGCACUCAUCCGGACACUGAUAUUGUUUGCAUCUUAGGCUGAGUAGGGGAGCAUAAAACCUAGCACUGAUAGUUUCAUAGAGCCGGGUGCUGCCACAAUGCCCUAAUAGUAGAUGAUACCAUCUGAGGGUCUUGUCUACGAGGCCGUCAGGCAAGUAGAUCUUCCAGUUAUUAUCAUUUGUGGACACUGUGAGUAACUCAAAGGUGCCUAUCCUUCUCUUAACAUAUCGUUGAUCAGUUUCAAGCAGGUGUUGACACUGGGGGUCCUUGAGCUGAUAAGUGUAAAGGCUUGCAUUCGUUAUGGGGUUUUCCAUUUCUGAUACUGGUGGUAGAUUGAGCAAGCACUUGUAUAGUUCUGGCUCCAGAUAAAAUACAUCCUCUGGAUCCACCUGGGCUGUUAACUCUUUAAAAUUCACCACUGUUCCUUUCUUUUUCUCAUAUAUUUUCUUCUCUUUAUCCCCCACAGUGCACGGAUCCAUUCUGGGCACUCAAGAAAAACAAUCUGCAAGAACAUUCUUCUUGCCCGGGAUAUACUGCCAUGUGAUGUCAAAGCCCUCAAUGCUUAAUUUCCAUCUGAGAACUCGAGACUGGGACAGGGUUCGGAAGAUGAGAUUCUUAUGGUCAGUAUAUAUGAUGAUGCGGCCACCGUAUAACAUAUUUCUGUACUCUUUGAGACAAAGGAUGAUUGCCAACAGCUCUUUCUCCAUCGUGGUGUAGUUCAUUUGGGUUUUGUUUAGUUUCUUAGACCAAUAUGCAAUUGGUUUGUCAUUCUGGAGUAUUGCUGCACCAAGCUGAUAAUCAGAUGCGUCAGUGUAGAUAUGAAAGGGGUCUUUCAAAUUGGCAAAGGUGUUGAUUGCAUCAUGUGCAAGAAGAGCUUUCAUUUCCUCAAAGGCUUGAUUGCAAGCAGGGGUCCGUACGUAAGGUCCUGAGCCCGUGAGGGCUGUUAGCGGGGCCAAUACAUGUGAUCGGCGAGGCCACAUGGAUUUGUAUUAGUUCACUGCUAGGGGUGAGCCAAUAUCCAAGGCAAUCUGACUCUUUCACUGCCCAUUCACACUUCAAAGGGUUGCAUUUCAUCCCAUUGGAGGCUAGACGAAGGACUGGGUCGACCAAAGACAGAUGUUUGGUGAAUGGUCCUCUGGACCAAAUCCCCAUGUCAACGAUAUAGACUUCAACAUCAAGAUUGACCAAGAUCUUGGUUAUGAAUGCUUGGGCAUAAUCUGGAGACGAUUUUAGUCCCAUGGGCAAUCUUAGGCAUCUGUAAUUGCCGUGUGGUGUGGUGAGAGUGCAAAUCUUCUGGCUCUCUUCAUCCCAUUCAAAGCAGUAAAACAUCAUGGAAAGAUCAAUUUUGGUAAAAUGAUCAUAGCGUGUUCUCCUGUUCAAGAUGUCCUGGAUUUUGGGGAGAUUAAACUUAGGUCUCUUUAUCCUUUUGUUUAACUCUCUGAGAUCAACAAGCCAUCUGACUCGUCCAUCCUUCUUUGGAAUGAUAAAGGCCGGAAAGCCCCAUUCUGAAUUGCCAGUGGGGGCUAUCACCCCUUCAUCAACACGAUGCUAGCAUUCCCUUUUGAAGACAUCCUUGUGUCUGUAGGGAACUGGGUAUGGUCUUAUAUAAACUGGUUCUGCAUCAUCCAGCAGAUCAAUGUGGAUCUUUUCAUGAGGAUAUCGACCUAGUUUGCCGUCAAACAAACGUGUGUGUUUGGCUAACAUCUCUUUGAAUGCKAGUCUUUCUGAUAUAUUCAUGUGCUCUUGCUGGUCUGCAACCUGCUUUGGAGUCACCUUCUGGUACUGCGCGUCCAGGAUUUUUGUUGCCUCUUUGGCUCUGGCAGCAUCUGCUGCUAAAUAACUGUCCAAACCAAUUGUACGUCUGCAAUUUUGUGGUUGGCAGCUGCUUGGGGGGAGUAGAUGAAACUCUAUGAAUCCUCCAUCUAAGAGCUCAUUAUCCUCUGCAAUCCACAUGGCUUCCGCAACAUGCUGGGGAUCAUUGAAAUGAUCCACAGGUUUCAUAUCGAUGGUUGAGCCUAACCAUCUGAUAGUGCGUGUGGAAUAGAAGAGGUCUAUCCCAGUCAUCAAUAAGAAGUCCCUUCCUAGAAUCAUGUCAUAGUUGCAAGGGGCGGAGAAGAGCCUUGCAUUGAUUCCUCUCGUGUACUUUCCAUUGCCAAACUCUGGGAGCCGAAUGUUGGAUAUGAAAACAUACUUGGAUGUGUCAAAGCUUCCCUGAGCUGUGGUUGUAACUGAGCUGAGUCGGUCCUGAAAGGGCACUGUUCCUGAUGGAAGGCAGCGCUCGUGAAUAAGGCACAUUGUACUCCCACUAUCUAAUAGGACUUUAAAGGUGUUCAUUGUCGGUAAGCCUUGGAUGGCUUUGCAUACUAGGAUGACUGCUCGCAGUACAUCCUGCACAUCCGGUGGUGUUUUCAGAGCUCUCAAGGUGACUGCCGUUGGGUUCUUAAGAGCUUCUUCAUUAUCAAGACCAUAAAGCUCAAGGCUGUCCGCUGGUGAUUGAGUGGAUGGUGGUGGAGGCAAUGCAAAGAAAGCCUCUUUCGGUGCAUUUGGAUGUMACCAUUGUUGAUUUGGUCCUUGUCCUUGUCCUUGUCCUUGUCCUUGUCCUUGUCCUUGUCCUUGUCCUUGUCCUUGUCCUUGUCCUUGUCCUUGUCCUUGUCCUUGUAUAAUUUUCAAAUCGAAUUUUCGCAAACGCAGUUUUUCAUCUUCGCACGAAGAUACAAUUCUCUAUUGAAAAUUAUACCUAGAAUUAGUACUACAUCCUACACAACACAACUCAGACUGGCACCUUCGAACUCCCAGGAAUAACAACCGACCAUGACCGGGCCCAACCCAAAGGGUAACAAGGACCCCCCGGAUCCAACUAAGGAUCCCCCAUCCCCGCCCUUCAAGGAGCUCCCAGCUCCUUUCCAGKGGCCUCCAGCUCCUUUCAAGCCCAGUAUUCCUAUUUUCGACGGAUCCAAGAUCAUUGCGAUGGAAGUGGUCCCCCCCGAUCCUGCUGUCCCCACCGAUCCCGAAGUCCCCACCGAUCCCGAUCCCCGGCGUCCUGGUACUACAAAGGACCAGCAGGAUCCAACCCAAGCCACUGAUCUAUCCCCACAAGGAUCCACCAAGCCAAUCACGAAGCACGGCUCCAAGGUCAGAGAUCUGGAACUAGCCCCGGCGCUUCCACUUUACGACCCUAAGGCCAAAGCCCCAACCGCGGUUACACCAGCUACAAAGGACCCCCUGAAGGAACAGGAUAAGCCCCCUAAGUCUCAUUGGGACCUCCUUGACAGUGGCUCCGAUGAGGACUCAUCAGUUGAAGUGGUUGAUGUUAUCCGUCCGAGGAACAGACACCCCAAGAAAGUCCUUCAAACAGCAGUUUGCAGAGCCUACGCUAGGGCUGCUAAAGGCCGCCAAUGGGCUCAGGGCCCCAAGMACAAGCAGCCUACAUCYGUUACSUUUGCAUGUCCCUCCACCCAUGCACAUUCAUAUUCAUGUACACUAAACUACGAAACUACCGAAAAAGCAAACAAAAAUAAACACACGACGCCACCGUUGUCUCCUGCAGAGGAUCAAUCUAUGUCUCCGGAACCAUCAUCUCUGGAGGAAUUGUCUCCGGAUGAGUAUCCGGAUACGGAGUAUCCGGAUGAGGAGUAUCCGGAUGAGGAGUCUCCGGAUGAAGAGUCUCUGGAUGAAUCGAUGUCUCCGGAUGAAUCGAUGAGUGAGUCUCCGGAUGCGUCUUCAGAGGAUUCUUCAGUUGCUGGAACCCCUCCCCCAUGGGCUUUCGCAGAUCCCCGACAAGUUCCUGGUCUUCGGACCAGCUGGCCUUCAUGGGCAGCUGGAUGGCCACGCCUCUCAGAUUCCAGCGGCUCGGAAAGCAGCUUGGAAAGCACCCUUCACCAGAAGCACAAGAAAACAAAGCUCACGGAGGAGGAGGAGGAAUCCGACUCAUCGAAGACGAUGGUGUCAAAUGCUCCCGCACCUAUGUUWCUUGAUCCAGCACCAGACUCCUUAAAUGAUUCAGGUGAUCCAGCACCAAACGUAGGCGCUAUAAGUGAUCCUUUAGUCCGUGAUAAAUCCGAGUUGACCGCAUUAAGUGAAGCUACAGUCCCUAUUGAUACUUCUGAAGUAUCAUUGGGCCCAAAGAACCAGCCCUUUAAGUGUACUUUACAAGCGCCCGAUCCAAAGAACCCAGUAGAACUGUGUACCUUACAAGCGCCCGAUUCAGAGAACCCACCAGCGAAUGAUCCCCUUAAGCAAAGUAUCCCAGAUGAAGCCAUGCCCCCUGCAGAGAAUCCAGUGGAACUGUCCCCCAGCAGCCCAGCGAAAUUUCCCAUUAAGUGUACUCCACAAGCGCCUGAUUCAGAGAACCCACCUUCGAAUAAGUGUACUGUACAAGCGCCCGAGACAGAGAACCCACCUUCGAAUGAGCCCCCUGUUGAAAUCCCAGGCGAGAACCCUAUGGAAUUGUCCCUCACAGACCCAGCGAAAUUUCCUCCUAAGUGUACUUUCCAAGCGCCCAAUUCAGAGAACCCACCGACAAAUAAGUGUACUGUACAAGCGCCCGAUUCAGAGAACCCACCUUCGACUGAGCCCCCUGUUGAGAACCCUAUGGAAGCGGAACAUCCCUGUUCAUUACUUAAUGAUCAGGAGGACCCUGCUAUGAUUGCCCCUGGAUCAUAUGCCAAACGAGCGUCGGCUUCGAGCCCGCAGCCCCCCCCGCAGGGGCAUAUCCCUGGCCCAAAAGGCUGUUUUUCUGUUUCUAAGCAGGCCCAAGGGUUAAAUACUGAGGAUUCGUCCCUAAAUACUCCGUCUUUAACCCCACAGACCCAAUUAAAUAACGAUUCCCAUGCUGUUUCUACUUCAACCCCCUCUUCUGUCCAUGUUUCUGGUACUGAUUCUACAGCUGGAUGGUUGCACAGGUACUCAGAUGAGCUCCAUGCGACGACCAAGGUUCCCACUGCAGAAUCUUACACUGAAUUACUCMAUGCAACCACMGCAGAAGCUCAAGCUUGGAUUCAAGUCACUCCCAAGAGAGGUAAACGGUCUUCUGAUGCRAUCACUUCUUCUAAACACCGUAAAUCCAAGGUCUCCUUCUCCAGUACAAAUUCUACCACUACCCGUACUACAGCAGCUACUACUGUUACAGGUAC